AUGCCAGUCCCCGAUGCCGAUAUCCACCCCGAGGCCACUGGCCCCGCCAAAGCUCUAGUCGCCAACCACCAAGCCGAACAGCCCCUGAAGUUCUAUGCGGGGUGGUUCUUCCAACGCGUCUGGCUCGCCCUCGAAGAGAAACAGAUCCCGUACCAAUACAUCGAAGUGAACCCCUACCACAAACAACCCUCCUUCCUCGCCCUGAACCCGCGCGGCCUCGUCCCGACCAUCACCUCCCCGGAUACCUCCUCCACUGCGCGCCCGCUCUACGAGUCCACCGUCAUCCUCGAAUACCUCGAAGAAGCCUACCCGACGCACACGCCCGCCCUCCUCCCGCAGGACCCGUACCUCCGCGCCCGCGCCCGCAUCUGGAUCGACUACGUCACCUCCCGCAUCAUCCCCGCAUUCCACCGCUUCCUCCAGCAUCAGCCCCUGCCCUCCUCGUCCCAGGGGGGUAAUACAGGGGAGGAUGAGCUCCAGACCCUCCGCGCGGAGUUUCUAGCCACGCUGAAGGAAUUCACGCGGGAGCUGCACCCGCAGGGCCCGUACUUCCUGGGCGAGGAGUUGAGUCUGGUGGAUGUGGUACUCGCGCCGUGGGCGGUUCGGUUGUGGGUGUUUGAUGAGUUUAAGGGGGGGUUGGGGGUUCCGGCGCCGGGGCAGGCGGGGAGUGAGGAGGAGGAAGGGGUGUGGGAGCGGUGGCGGCGGUGGGUGGCGGCUGUGGAGGGGAGGAGGAGUGUGAGGGAGACGCUGAGUGAGAGGGACUGGUAUUUGCCGAUUUAUCGGCGCUAUGCGGAGGAUAAGGCGCAGAGUCUAGGGCUAGAUGCCAGGCAUACUCUUACGCGGAAACCGUUUGGCUUCGAUGAUUACCACCUUCUGCCAACGGCCCAUCACAUUAUGGUUGUGAAGCACAUUUGCCGUGUAUCUGGCCCUCUGGUGUGUGUAUGA